AUGUCACCUGUCAUUGUGACAUUAAUUAUUUUUGAAUUUCUGUUAUUUCUAUUUGGUGAAGCACUUUACUGUUAUAACUGUGCAUCCAAUUUACCUUCGAAUAUUAGUAAGGAUGCGCAACGAGCAUUCAAAACGGUACUUUAUUCAACCUUUAUGGUACCACCGGUUGAUAAAUCAUGCAUCAAUUCAGAAGAUGUUGCAUUCAGAACCGUAAAACAGAUUGAUUGUUUACCGGAUGAUCAGUGUGUCAAAAUUACAGUACGACAAAAAAAUUUACAAUUUGUUAUGCGUGGCUGUCAAAAAUUUAUAUUUCGUGAUAAGGUGAUUGAUAACAAAAUGAUAUGCCAUCAUGUUCAUAGCCCUUCAAUUUGUCAUUGUAGCGGUAAUUUGUGUAAUAGCGCCUUAAUAUUUUCAUCUUAUAAUUAUAUAUGUUCUUUAAUAUUUUUUAUAAUUUUGUUAAGUUCUGUGUAA